GGAUUUGACCCGAGACCCUAAGCUUGGCUCGGUGUGGUGUUGAAAUCCAGGCGUUUCUUCACUGAUUUUCUUCCUCAAGAAACGUAUCAAGCCACGGCAGUCCUUGGAGCUCUCAAACAUGGCGUCGAAGGCCUUCAGGAUUUUGUUUCUUGCCCUCCUCCUCCUCGCGUCGCCUGUUCUCCAAGUUGUUAGAUGUCAAUCGGAUGCGGAUGUGGAAUAUGAAGAUGCCGUGGAAGAUGUAACUGACUUAGGGAUUGUUGGAGAGGAUGAGCAAGAUUACGGUGAUGGGAGCUUCAGCCCUGCUCAAGGGGUUGAUACCGUGUGUGUUUUCCCCAAAAAUAGUGCACGUAUAGUGGUGGCCGGAGAAGAGACUGAACUAUUAGCAGGAAUGAAAAAUGAUGGGGAUUCUAGCUUGAAUGUCAUUGCAAUUAAGGCCAGUGUUCAUUAUACUUUCGAUCAUCGAGUAGUGAUUCAAAAUCUUUCUGCACAGGGUUUUAACAAUGCAUCGGUACCAGCAUCCUCACAAGCAACCUUCCCGUACUUUUUUGGUGUCAGCAGAUUUCUUCAGUCUGGAAAUUUUGAUCUUGUUGGAACCAUUAUUUAUGAGAUAGAUCAGCAUCCAUAUCAAAGUACCUUCUUCAAUGGUACCAUUGAAGUUGUUGAAGCUGGGGGUUUUCUCAGCAUUGAAUCUGUAUUUCUAGUUACCCUUGGAAUUGCACUAAUCGUGCUGCUUGGCUUAUGGAUUCAUGGUCAAAUACAGAAUCUUUCCAAGAAAACCAAGAGGGCUCCUAAGGUUGAAGUUGGAACCAAGUCUUCAGAUGCAUCAUUAGACGAAUGGCUUGAGGGUACUGCAUAUUCUCAGUCAUCGUCAAACAAAUCAAAGAAAAAGAAGUAGAUCAAUCUUUUUUGUCUGCCUUUUCUUUUCUUCAGCUAGACACGCAACAGAUACGCAGUCUCUUGAAACUUACACUUAGGCAUUUGAAUUAUUUAAGAGGUGCAUCCUGAUAGCAGUUUCUGGAAAAAUAGGCAGAGUUUAGACUUUGGAGAAGUUGAGUUGUUUCAAAUUUGAACUGACCCAAACAUGAAUAGAGACAACAGAAAUAUUUUAAUUUAAUCAACAUUUUUGACCAUAUACCUCUUGUUGUUGAUGGAUACAUUUGGUUUUCUAUAGGAUCUCGAGAUCUAAAUUCCUUCAAAAGAAAAGGCAUUUCAGUGCU